ACUGACAAUUUUAAGGAAGAGCCUCCAGCUCCGAUACCCAACAAUCCGGAUUCAUUGGAUUCUGCAAAGGUCAUUUUGCCGCUCCCUUCUCACUCGAUUUCGAAUGCCAACUCUAAAGCUACAGUGUUUUUCUCAAACACUCCUUCAAAACAGAUUAUUUCUCCUCAAGAUGGAUUACCCGAUGAUCCUGGGCUUAUCAGAUCAUUAGGCAAAAGGUUUGGCCUCAUUCGAUUAGAGGCGCAUCAGCUAAUCGGUGCAUCAUUGCUCUCUGGCUUUUUGCUGAUGCUCUGCGUCGAACAGUCGGGUACAAUAUGGCUCCUCUUUUUUCUUGACCGUCUGGGCCUCGCCUUAGCCUGGCUGUGCUUCAGAUUCACUGGAAGUUGUCUCAGUCUUUUGAGGCGUCGUCAGAGUAAGAGCGAUUUACUUUUAUAA